AUGGGAUACGAUAGGCUCCGACCAUCCGAACCUGGAGGCUCUGGACUUCCUCAGCUACAACAACUACCUCAUGAAGAACCCAGAGCUAAAAACCACAAGAAAAAGCUUCUUAUAGUUUCAGUUGUUGCCCUGGCUAUGAUCAUUAUCUCGGCUGUUUGUGCUGGGCUUGUAAUUGGGCUCCGUAAAGGAGGCGCCGACCCAGUUGGCACCCAAAUCCGCCGGAAGCCCACCCAAGCGAUGUCCAGGACCUGUAGCAAAACUCGGUUCCCCAACCUCUGCGUCAACUCACUCCUGGACUUCCCUGGCUCACUCACUGCCAAUGAGGAAGACCUCGUCCACAUUUCCUUCAAUAUGACGCUGCAGCACUUUAGCAAGGCUCUUUAUACGACCACGUCCAUCUCCUACGUUCAGAUGGAUCCACGUGUACGGUCGGCAUACGACGACUGCCUCGAGCUUCUUGAAGAUUCCAUCGACGCCCUCUCCCGUUCCCUCUUCUCCGUCGUUCCUUCUCAGGACGGCAAUGCUAAUAAUAAUAAUGUUAAGGCCGGGACAAAUCAGGACGUGAUGACGUGGCUUAGCGCAGCGUUGACAAACCAGGACACGUGUUCGGAGGGAUUCGAGGGAGUGAGCGGGGCGGUGAAGGAUCAAGUGGCAGAGAAAAUGAAGGACUUGUCCGAACUCGUGAGCAACUGCUUGUCGAUUUUUGCUGCGAGUGGCGGAGACGAUUUCGCAGGAGUGCCGAUACAGAACAGGAGAUUGUUGGCUACGGAUGACGACAUAUCGGGAGAAAUUAUCGAUGACGAGAAUUUCCCGAAAUGGCUGGGGAGGAAAGAGAGGGAGCUGCUGGACACUCCCGUGUCGACGAUCCAGGCAGACAUCAUCGUUUCGAAAGACGGAAACGGCACCGUUAAGACGAUUACCGAGGCGAUUAAGAAGGCGCCGGAGUAUAGUGCUCGGCGGAUCAUCAUUUACGUGAGGGCAGGAAGGUACGAAGAGAGUAAUUUGAAGGUGGGGAGGAAGAAGAUCAACUUGAUGUUUAUAGGUGACGGCAAGGGUAAAACAGUGAUUACUGGAGGGAACAGUGUAUUUGACAACAUGACGACAUUCCACACCGCUGCCUUCGCGGCAACUGGAGCUGGUUUUAUUGCAAGAGACAUGACAUUUGAGAACUGGGCUGGACCAGCCAAGCACCAGGCGGUGGCACUUCGCAUUGGGGCAGACCAUGCCGUGGUGUACAGGUGCAACGUCAUUGGAUACCAAGACACCUUAUACACUCACUCCAAUCGCCAGUUUUACCGUGAAUGUGACAUAUACGGGACGGUGGAUUUCAUCUUCGGUAACGCCGCUGUGGUACUCCAAAACUGUAGCAUUUACGCCCGGAAGCCCAUGCCCCUCCAGAAGAACACCAUCACAGCCCAAAACCGAAAGGACCCCAACCAAAACACAGGUAUUUCCAUCCAUGCGUGUCGGAUCCUACCCACGUCCGACCUCGUGGCGGCCAAAGGAAGCUUCCAAACGUAUCUAGGACGUCCGUGGAAGUUGUACUCCAGGACUGUGUUCAUGUUAUCGUACAUGAGUGACCACAUUCACCCUAGGGGAUGGCUGGAGUGGAAUGCUACGUUUGCCUUGGAUACACUAUAUUAUGGUGAAUACAUGAAUUCUGGGCCGGGUGCGGCAGUUGGGCAACGGGUCAGAUGGCCCGGGUAUAGGGUCAUCACUUCAGAGAUUGAAGCAGGCAAAUUCACCGUGGGACAGUUUAUUUAUGGAUCGUCAUGGUUACCAUCAACUGGGGUUGCUUUCCUGGCUGGCCUACAAGUUUAAAAUUUUAAAAUAUUUCUUACCCCUUUUUCUUUUUUAGUUUUUAAUUGUAUGAAAUAUAAUUUUUAUCUUUCUAAUUUUUUUCCAUGAUAUGGUAAUAAGGGUCGCCUGUUCUCGUUGAUUUAACUCCAAACAUGUUAUAGAAGCCUAGAGUCUUAAGAAUUACUACUACUGCUGCUAAUAUAUUACUUUUUUUUUUUAAUUUGUAAUUAUAAAUUCCAUACGUAAUCAAAAUGGUGUUGUAAUAAGGAAAUGAUGUUAA